GAGAUUCACCGCGCAGCUGUCACAGCUGUCAAACCCCGAUCAGCUGCCAAUUUCGCUGCAAGUCGGUGUCGCACGAUCGAAAUAAAAACAACACAGCUCAGCUCAGCAGCAGAAAAACAAAUCACACGCCGGAAUGGCCUCACGGAUGAUUCUUUCGCCCGCCCGGCGACUGGCGAACGUGGUCAGCACGCGCUCCAUCACAACCCAGGUGCUUGCUACGCAGUGCGCCACCAUUAAGGACGAAAUCACACACACGGGACAGUUCUACGAAGCGAACGACUAUCGGAAUGCCCGUUUCGUGAACGCUACCAAGGUGGUCAACCCGAACUGGGCCAUUAAGCUGAUCGACGAGCUGCCAAUCGUCAAGUCGGAGCAGCGCGUCGUGUGCUGCGACGGUGGAACCGAUCCCGCCCUUGGCCAUCCCAAAGUGUACAUCAAUUUGGACAAACCCGGUGCCCAUGCCUGCGGAUACUGUGGGCAGCGUUUCGAGAAGAUCGAUCAUCAUCACUGAAGCUGCUUGCUUUUUUGCUGUGUGAUUAAACAAAACAAACACAAAUACGCCCGUCAUGCUGCUUCGUUGAACCUUUAGUCAAAUAAACGGAGGAUAUAAAAACAAAACUAAA